CUGCGCCUGCACUCGUGCGGUUGUCACAGAAAACAAAAAACAUGCUCAACGGUACUUUUAAGAAUGGAACGGAGGAGGACAUGAGGAACAUGGGGUACUCUCUGGCGUUUGGGUCGGUAAUGACGGUGGGCCUGCCUCUCAACGCCGCCUCGCUGUGGAUCCUGUUAAGCUGCCACAGCCUCAAGUCCCCCAGUGCCAUCUUCAUGGUCAACCUGGCCAUCUCUGACCUGCUGCUCAUCAUCACCUUGCCCAUGAGGGUCUACUUCUACGCCACAGGAGCCUGGCCUCUGGGCAGUAUGGCGUGCAUCUGUAUCACGAUGCUCUUUCGCAACAACAUCCGCUCCAGCUCCAUCUUCAUCACCUUCAUCAGCGCGGACCGGCUGCUGGCGGUGGUCUAUCCUCUGAGGUUGCGCCAUCUCCGGACCGCGUCCAACACCUGGAAGGCCGUGGCGCUCACUUGGCUCUUCGUGGUGGUGGUGAACAUCCCAGAGAGCGUGGACUUCUCAAGAUUCUUAAACAACUACAAUGAAUCCACCUGCUUUGAAUUUCGUCCCUGGCAUCAUCAAACCCCAAUCCUGGCUUAUGUUCAGCCCGUGUUGGUGCUCGCCAUGCUGGCGGUCAACAUUGUGUCCACGGCUCUGGUGUCUUUGACUCUACGCAGACAUCUGAAUGACUCCGCCAGGGUCAAAAACAAGGUGAACGUCAUGUUGAUUUUUGCCAUGAACCUGAUAAUGUUUGCUGUAUUUUUCUUGCCCGUGUCACUGGCCGUGCUCUUUAAAAGAUGGGUACCUUCCCUCACGCCACUGAUAUGUCUCGCUAGCUUGAACUGCUGUCUGGACCCUCUCUUGUAUUACUUCUCUUUUGACGGCUUCUGGAGGAGAAAAGAGGAUGUGGAUACUUCUGUUGCAGGAGUAGUUGGUUAGAAGAGUAGACGGGGACAGGAUAUACUAUUUGUUUAGGUGACAUAAAGGUCACAAGGUGAAAAACUCAAUUAUUGUUUGUUUUUUUAAUAGAAUUCUCACUUUUUACAUCAUAACUGUCUCUUUUUAUUGAUCCACCUAACCAAAGAAAAAAAGAAACAUUGUUUUUUUUUUUUUGAGUGGAACAGACACGUAUUUAAGUUUCCUUCACAGUACAACUGACUUUCAGUGGUUGUUUUUUCCUCCCUGCAUGUUUGACACAUAUCUGUUGUUUCGCAUCCGUGAACAGGAAAAGCUACUCACCUGAAACUACUACUUUUUUCAGUUCCCAUCUGAGCUGCACAAAUCUGAACUGGAAAUUGGAUCCUCAGGCAUCUUGUAUUGAAUACAGAAAGUUCCCCGUGUUGCCAUGAUUAUAAAUAAAUCGUACUAACCUGUUGUGUCUUACAAACACAUUUUAAACUGAUUCAACUUUAAAAAAUAAAGUCCCCCUGCUGUGUCUUUUUAAAAAAUGUGAGUUAACUGAAAUAAACCAGAACAUUUUAUUCAUCUUGACAAAAUGCAUUCAACAGAUUUCAGAUAUAUUCCAAAACAACUCACAAUUAUUCAGUCACAUUUUCUUUGCAGUUACAAUCUCAGCUCGAGGGGCCGGUUUUCCAUUUGACACAAAUACCAUAACAGCUGUGGUCGGUCCUGAUGGAACUGAAUACAAACUCUCAUAAUGGUUCCUAUUGUUUCUGUUAGAAUCAGAGGAAACGAUCAUGAAUUAACAUUAACAAAGACAUCUAACGUCUGUUUUUGUUAGUGCAUCGCUGCGUUUGUUGGCGCAUUACAUCCACCAGCAUGAAUCAUCAUGAACCAGGUUACGUGCUCGUGGGAGUGUAGGUGCAUCCUCAUGCAGAGUAAAGUCAAGACAGCGGUUUACUUAGAAAAGCAUUGCUCCACAGAGUCACUGGUGAUCAGAAACUGCAGCAGAUUAAUGUGAUGAGUUUAGUGAAUACCGAACAUGCAUUCAUUCUGAAGCGGGUCGGAAAAUAAAACCUAGAAAUGGAAUUAACUGAAUGAGGUUUUACAGUGUCAAACAUUUAUUGCAAGCAGAUAAUGGAAUUAAUAUUAAACGUUAUCGAUUAAUCAGUCAAACUUUAUUCAUAUAAACAUAAAGUUAAAAGGAACAUACUUACUAUAAAAAUUACUAUAUACAUAAUUAAUAUUAAAAAAAUAAAAUAAUAAAAGCCAGGCUAAAGAAUGUAUGUGUUAUGGAAAACAUUCAGUUCAGGGUUAAGACAUAAUCCUCCUUCAUCCUGGUUAUCGUUUCUUUUGAUUACUUUUAGCAUCAUUUGGCGCCGUCUCGUGUGUCUUUGGUUAUACAUCUUUUGCUCAGCAUCUCAGUUCGGGAGCCAACGGCUCUCAAGUCUUAUAAGCUUUUGCCAAAUGGAGGGGCAUCUGUGGGAAAUUGAUCCAAAAAGGAUCUAGAUUUGAAACAUCUGGAUGGGGUUUUGCUGUUGACAAUUAGGACACGCUACAUCAGGUAAAACCCUCCACUUCAAAGAAAGAUAACAGCAUGAUCGAGCUCUGCCCUCAUACACAUCUUUUUAUUUAUUUGUUUCUUAUGCCAUAGAUGGAACACAACCAAACAGAAACCACUUCUUUAUCCAGUGUGACUAUUUUUGAUGCUUGAACACACAUUUCAGCGUUCCCUUAUCUGUAGCUCUGUGGUCUGAACUUCCACUUUAAUACACAUGCUCUCCAUUUAGCGACCGAGUGACAAUUUAGAUAAAAAUACGUUAUUUGUAUGUUAAACGCUGUGCCUCCGAAAUAAAGUCAGGUCAUCAGUAGGGCUGCUGCUGGCAAGAUCUUGCUUUUUUCAUGACGCUUCGUCAAUUGGAGACCAGCGAAGAGGCGGUUUCCUCCCACGAGCUGCUCCAUAUAUGUUUAAUGUGACCUUUGCGUGUGAACUCUACUGGAGGAAGUUGAGUGCUGAGAGGCUGAAACAAAAAAAAAACCACAGCCAACUUCAUACAGCCUCACCUCAUGUGUUGAUGUUUAGACAUAAUACACCACAGCGCUGUUUGCUCAGUCUUGUCCUUACUCUGCAGAGGCCAUGAAGUAAAAUACAUUUUCGCUGCUAUUUCGCGCCCAACACCGAACAGCCUAUGUAUGACAGCCUUUAUUCAGCGCGGAGCAGAUUGGUUUUGUUCGUGUUUGAAAUUGACUUGAUUUGUGUUCAUGGGGGGAAAAAUGGUUUUAGAACCAAGCUGUCUACAUGCAGCUAUUCUGAGUGUGUUUGUUUGGAUUUCUCUGCCUCUGUAUUACCUUUUAUUUAUGUGUGUGUGUAUCAAGGUCGAGCUCAUGUUUGUUUAGAGCCCUCUGUCUGUAAGUGACUGAUAUCCCAGAUCUGGAGGGACUGGGAAGGGUCUGGCUGUGGUGUGAAUGUGUCUGCUAGAGCUGGUCACGGUCAGCUGACCCUCAAACCCUGAGGUAAAAAAGAGGCAACACACACACACACAUUCUCUAUUUCCUCUUUUCCCCAGCAUACACAAACAAACAAAUGAAAAAAAGCAAAGAAAAUGCUGAAACAGGUACAUUCAGGUCUGCAAGCAUCGCUGCCAAGACCGACAAACAAGCCUGUUGAGCUGCAGCCAAGUCUGCCUUGGACCAGAGGAGGAUUGCUAUUCAAAGACAACAGCAAGCUUUGGUGACUGUGGAGAGUCGGGCAUCACAAAGAGCCAAAAGUAGAGCAAAGAGGACGAAAACAAAAUGCUGAGCUCUUGAAUGGACGGAGGAGACAACAAAGAGCAGAGGAACAACAAUCCUCCAGAGUCUGAAGCCUCGAGAGAACCCGGAGAUCAUUCCAACAGAUGGAAAUGUGCAGUUAAAUGUCGGCUCAAACAAGCCCAACCUUCUCUUUUCAAUGGGAAAUGACGCUGCAGUUGAAAUACAUAAGCGGUAGAGC